AUGAAGUGCACGCUCGGCAAGCCAAAAGCAGGAAGGCCCUGGAGGAUGAUGGUGAUCAAUAUGACGCUCAUGUCGUACUGCUACGCCGUGCAGAUCUUCCUCAUCUGGCGCACCGGGCGCCUCUGGUGGAUGGACCACGUCAGGGCCCGCUUCAUCGACAACAAGGGCAAAACGGUCGACGUCCUGAGCCCGGAGGCCGUCUUCAGGAGAUGGACCGAGAACAGGGCGUGGAGGGCGCUGAGGACGUGUCUCUUCGGCGUGUGGUACUUCCUCGCGUCGGAGGUCGAGACGAUGCUGGGGCUGUCGGCCUACUUCGGGUUCGGGGUAUACUCGCUGGUGGACGACCGGAGCAGGACGUGCGGCACGAGGAAGACGGGCUGGUCUUCAGCCAGCUGGCACUCGAAGGAGAUCGAGGAAUCCGACGCCAAGGAGCUGGACAGCUGCCCCUCGAAGGGGCCCUGA